AUGUCGUCGGCUUCUACAGCCACUCCGGCCAAGCAUGCCUUUGAGAGGCGUGUUGAAGGGGUCAAGUCUCCCAAAAAUGAUAUUAAUGCUUUGAUUUUGGACUACUUGACCAUGGAGGGCUACCCAAACGCGGCCGCAAGAUUCUCGAAAGAGGCAAACUUGCCGCCGCUGCAGGACACCUCGGACAUUGAAACGAGACAGGAAAUUCAGAAUUGCAUCCAUAGUGGCAACAUCCAAGCCGCCAUCGAGACUCUAAAUGAGUAUGAUCCUGAGAUUUUGGACGAGGACAAUGCUUUGCACUUCUCUCUGUUGCGCCUUCAACUCGUGGAGUUGAUCCGAGCAUGCAAUGCAUCGGGAGGAGACAUUACUCCUGCGCUGAAGUUUGCCACGGAGCAACUCGGUCCGCGGGCCUCUACAAAUCGCCUUUUUCUGGAUGAUCUGGAAACAACCAUGGCCCUGCUCUUGUUCAGCCCCGAUAAGCUGGAGCCGCAAUUGGCAGCCCUUCUUGACCCUGGCCUGCGUCGUGAAGCCGCAGACAAGGUGAACAAAGCCAUGCUGGAGAAGCAGUCGAUCCGACGUGAUGCUGCCAUUCGACAGCUUGUUAAGAUGCGAGCCUGGGCAGAGAAUGCGGCGAGAGAGAAAGGCACCAGCCUUCCGGACCGUCUCGACAUUGGAUUGAAAGGUGACGAGCCCUCAAACCAGCCCUGGCGGACCUAUAGCUCCGAGAACGGACAUGAACCCAUGAUGACGACCUGA